AACUGACUCAUGAGUAGCAGGAAGAAGAAGAAGAAGAAGACAGAGGCAGAGUGACAAGAAGCAGUCAGGUGUGGAUAGAAGCAAAUGGAAGAGAAUUUUGAUUUUCUGGAACACCUGCAAGCUUCUGACAAACUUUAAGGCAAUCCGUUUUGUAACCAUCUCUUAGUGACUUCUCUUGUGGAUUUUGUAUUUCUCCAGUUUCGAGGCGAGCAAACCUCUUGUGGAUUAUGACUGCAGACUCAGUCUGAACAUUUUGAAUUCCAUUUCAGUUUCUAGACUGAUAUAGGUGUCUGAGUUUUAUCUCUAUUUUUAUUGCAAUACUACGUUAAUACGUUUUUUUUUUUUAGCUUAGGCAGUUAAAUCUGUGUCUUUGGAGCUGAAGCUUCAUUUCAGCGUCACUUUUUCUGUCUUUUUCUUUGGAUUACAUCACAUUUCAAAUUCAGAGAAGUCUGCAGUUAUAACCAGCUGUUAUAAUGUUGAACACUGGAGUCUGUGCUAUGCUGACAGCAGAGUGAGCGAUGUUUACCUGACACCUGACUGCUGGAGCUGGACAUGGCAACCCAUUGCAUCACAUACAGGUGGAUCACAACGUGAACACUUCUGGUGAGGUCCCUGCUGUAACUAUGGCUUCCCGGAUGAAGGAGCCCCAGGGCCGUGGCCUGUCCACUCUGUUUUCCUGUUGCUUCAAAGAAAGUGACCAACCAGAGAUCACCUACUGCCCUGACAACAAUAGCACUGUAGCUGCGAUGGAGCCCACCCUGCCCAUGCCCCCCAGUCAAGAGCUGGACUCUAUGUUCACUGAGUUGGUGGAUGAAUUGGACCUUACGGAGGAGCACAGAGCCGCCAUGUUUGCUUUGUCAGCAGAGAAAAAAUGGCAGAUCUACUGUAGUAAGAAAAUGGAGGCAGAAGAGAAUAAAGGAGCAACCAGCUGGCCAGAGUAUUAUAUUGACCAGAUCAGGUCCAUGGCUGCUAGAAAGACUCUGCUGGCACUGGAGGGUGAGGAAGAGCAGGAAAGAUUUAAGAUCAUCGACAGUCUAAAGACAGCACUGAGGACACAGCCAAUGAGGUUUGUGACACGAUUCAUUGAGUUAGACGGCCUGUCUUGCAUUCUGAAUUUCCUCAAGUCAAUGGACUACGAGACCACGGAGUCUCAGGUCCACACCUCACUGAUUGGCUGCAUCAAAGCUCUGAUGAACAACUCUCAAGGCAGAGCUCAUGUCCUUGGUCACUGUGAGAGUAUUAACAUCAUCGCAGAAAGUCUUGUCACUGAAAACAUCAAAACCAAGAUUGCCGUGUUAGAGAUCCUUGGUGCAGUAUGUUUGGUGCCAGGGGGCCAUAAGAAAGUACUGGAAGCCAUGCUGCACUACCAGAAAUUUGCUUCGGAGAGAACACGCUUCCAGACCCUGCUGACGGACUUGGAUAGAUCCACAGGUCGCUACAGAGAUGAAGUCAAUCUGAAAACUGCCAUUAUGUCCUUCAUCAAUGCUGUGCUCAGCAAGGGAGCAGGGGAGACCAGUCUGGAGUUCCGCAUCCAUUUGCGCUAUGAGUUUCUUAUGCUGGGCAUUCAGCCAGUCAUCGACAAACUACACUCACAUGACAAUGCCACCCUGGACAGACAUCUGGACUUCUUUGAGAUGUUAAGGAACGAAGACGAGCUUCUGAUGUCCAAACGCUUUGAUGCUGUCCAUAUAGAAACUAAAAGUGCCAACCAGAUGUUUGAGCUGAUCAAGAAGAAACUGAGCCACACCGAAGCUUACCCUCACUUCCUGUCUGCGCUGCAGCACUGUCUCAUGAUGCCAUAUAAGCAGAACAGUGCCAGGCUUCAGUACUGGGUGUUGUUGGACCGGACCAUUCAGCAGCUGGUUCUGCAGACAGACAAAGGUGAAAACCCUGAUGUUGCACCACUGGAGGACUUCAAUGUUAAAAAUAUUGUCCGGAUGCUAAUCAAGGAAGAUGAGGUCAAACAAUGGAAAGAACAAGCUGAUAAAAUGAGAAAGGAACAUCAGAACUUACAGCAGCGUCUUGAAAAGAAAGAGAGGGAGUGCGAGGUCAAGAACAAGGAGAAAGAAGACAUGAUGGCCAUGUUGAACAAGAUGAAAGACAAACUGGAACGGGAAUGUAACGAACACAAGCAAGCCAAACUGCAAGUGGCAGAACUGUCUGCUCGGCUGCAGCAGCUCAGCACUAAUUCCAGUGUUCCAGGAGGACCUCCUGUGAUGCCUGCUGCUUUAGUUCCUUCGGUUCCUGUCCCAUCCAUCCCUCCACCACCACCUCCUCCUCCAGGAGGCCCACCAGCUUUUGGUAUGGCUCCAUUUGCUCCACCUCCCCCUCCUCCAGGAGCUCCACUAGGAGCUGCCCAGAAGAAGAAUAUUCCUCGGCCAUCUAACCCACUGAAGUCAUUCAACUGGAGCAAACUUCCUGAGAACAAGAUAGAAGGAACCAUAUGGGGAGAGAUUGAUGAUCUCAAGGUGUUUAAAAUUCUGGAUUUAGAAGAAUUCCAGAAGACCUUCUCAGCUUACCAGAAGCCACAAAAGAAUGCUGAGGAUGAUCAUACCUUUGGCAAGAAAGUCAAGGAGCUGUCAGUAAUCGAUGGUCGCCGAGCACAGAACUGUAACAUCCUGCUCUCACGAUUGAAGAUGAGCAAUGAGGAGAUCUGCCAUGCCGUUCUGACCAUGGAUGAACAGGAGGACUUACCUAAAGACAUGCUGGAACAGCUUCUGAAGUUUGUUCCUGAGAAGAGUGACAUCGAGCUGCUAGAAGAACACAAGCAUGAGCUGGAUCGUAUGGCCAGAGCAGAUCGUUUCCUGUAUGAUAUGAGCAGCAUCAACCACUAUCAACAGAGACUCCAGUCUCUCUACUUCAAGAAGAAGUUUGCCGAAAGAGUGGCUGAUGUCAAACCUAAAAUCAAAGCACUGAGUCUUGCAUCCAGGGAGGUGAUAAAGAGCGGGGCACUGCGUCAGCUCCUGGAAGUGGUUCUGGCCUUUGGGAACUACAUGAACAAAGGACAACGAGGAAAUGCCUAUGGCUUUAAAGUGUCCAGCCUCAACAAGAUAGCAGACACCAAGUCAAGCAUCGACAAAAACGUCACUCUGCUCCACUACAUAAUCACUGUACUGGAAAAGAAGUUCCCCAAGUUGGUGACCUUCAGUGAAGAGUUGCAAAAUGUUCCAGAAGCUGCUAAAGUCAAUAUGAUGGAGUUGGAGAAGGACAUAGGCAAUCUGAGAUCUGGCCUAAAGAGUGUUGAUGCGGAGCUGCAGUACCAGCAGACUCAGUCCUCUCAGGGUGCUAAAGAUAAGUUUGUCUCUGUGGUCAGUCAGUUCAUCACUGUGGCCUCCUUCACCUUCUCUGAUGUAGAGGAGUCACUCACUGAGGCCAAAGAAGUGUUUGCAAAGGCACUGAAACACUUUGGGGAAGACAUGUCUAAACUGCAACCGGAUGUCUUCUUUGGGAUCUUCGACACUUUCCUCACUGCUUUUUCUGAGGCCAAGCAGGACAACGAGAACAUGGCCAGACGCAAGGAGGAAGAGGAGAAACGGGCACUCAUAGAGGCACAGCUGAAGAGAGAGAGGGAGCAGAAGGCUAAGGAAAGGAAAGCAAACGGAGAAGAGGAGGGCGGUGAAUUUGACGACUUGGUGUCUGCUCUGCGCUCUGGAGAGGUGUUUGAUAAGGACAUGUCUAAAAUGAACCGCAGAAAACAGCGGAGACACGACUUUGACAGCAGCCGGGAGAGACCAGUGACAAAGCUAAACCAGUAAGAGGAUUCCUCGUGGACUGAUUGUUAAAGCCCUGCUGCAACACAUGAAUAUCUCAGGAGCACUGUGGUCGGCGCAGUCAUUUUCACCACAAACCACUUUCUAAUGGUUGUAUAGAGUACAUCUAGAUACAUACAGUAUGUACUUGUACAGUAUAUAGAAACAGGGCAACUAUUUCUGUAUGUUAGCCCUUUAUUGCGUUACCACGCACUAUCGGAGGCCUCUGCUGAGAAGACUAUUGCUCGCUAAUAAUUUUUCAAGGCAUUUGUCAUGAGAUCACUACUGUCUUGCUAUCUGGAGAAAAUAAAAACUGCUUUCAUACUGUAAGGACUCAAAGGAACAGUUCACCAUUUUUGGAAGUCAACAAUAGCUUGGUGUGAAAACUGGAAGAAGGAGGAAGCAGCUAGCCUGCCUCUGUCCACUGAAACUCACUCUGUGAAACGAAUGGAUGGACAUUCUCCAGCAAGAACCGGAUUUCCCUAUUACACAGACUACUUCCAAAAUCAUUAGUCUUCCAUUUCCCAGCAAGCACAUGAACCUGGGAACCCCCUCAAUCCGUGUUUCACUCUACUCCCACCUCAUUACAGAUAAAGGACAUUCAGGGUCCGUGACGACUGUGUCUAUGAUGACAAGACUCCAGGAAGCUGCAAACAGUUACAGUCCUCUGCUAUUUCUUUGAGACUGACAAGGAAAAGUUUCAGCACAAAUUAAUUAAUCGUGCGUACAUUUUUGGCUGGAGGGGUUUAGCGGAGUAAUACAAGGGAGCAGAAAGAGAGAGAGCGAGAGAGAGACAGAAAACAGGAUCUUCUGCAUUGUGUAUGUUCUAAUCUCGCUCUCUGACAUAAAGUCAAUGAGUGUAUUUGAGGGAAAAAAAUGCAACUGACAAGGCAAAGAGACCACAACGUUCUUCUGCAGGAUAUAAAUUCAACUUGCACUUGCACUGCACACUGUUAAAUUGCUCUACGUGUGUGUGUGUGUGUGUGUGUGUGUGUGUGUGUGUGUAACCAGGGGUGGGUCUACAUGACACCCUGUCUAAUUUAAAUUUGCUUGUACUUUUGCACAAUAUAACAUAAUAUAUAACAGACUAUGAGUGGUAGUGAUUGCUAACGUGGGAUAGGUUUGCCGUGGAUGGAGUGUUGUUGUUGUUGAUUGUUUGCAGUAUGUUUAGAUUGUCUUGAAGUUUUUCAGACAGUUCAACCUAAUGUGUUGUGUCAAUGGUAGCGACAACAGCAGACACCGGGGCUGUCUAAAACUACAAAUACGUUCUCUCACAAUGUAAUUUUUGAAACUUAAUGUAUAUAAAUGUAGAGAGCUGAGGCAGAAUACUGUUCCUCUUUGUGCAUUUACAGUAAGUGAGGAAGAAUUUCCCAAAAGUCCACUCUGCUUGACAGAUUUUCAGUGUUUUUAUGUUCUAUUAAUGGGAUGUUCUUGUUAAAGAGAGCGGGAAAGAGAAAAGUAAGCUUUCAGAGAGAAUAUGUCAAAUUAUAGAGUUAUAAUAUCCCUCUUAAAUUUGUAAGUUUGCACACCUUUGAUUUGAUCAGUUGCAUUAGAACUGCACAGUUCUGAAAGGAAAAAAAUCCCUAAAACAUUCACUGAUCCAAGUAAAAUUUAUUCCAAGUUUCAAUUAUAGCGACUGUCAACAUUUAUACCACAUUUGCAUUUGUAAAGUUGAUGUAUUAAUUUUCAUUUUCAACUCUUAAAGUGAUCAAAACACGUUUUGUUUUUGGGGUAGAUUGCAUCCCCAGUCAGUAGAUUAGUAUAAUUGUACUUCUCUGACCAAAAAUCAGUAUUACCAGUUGAUACGGGUAUAGACUGUGUACUGUAGUCAAGUGUAAUGUGGGUGAAAUGAUGAAAUCAUGGUGUAUUAUUUCUAAUGCUUGUUAAUCAGCCUCUCCUGCCUUUAUCACCUGCUGUAGCUUGUCCACGUCUCCACUGAUGGUUUUGAUCGCUUUUGGUGAAAAAUCAGAGGAAUGAGUGUGUUCACUCAAUGUCUGCGUCUUCUUUGAUUGAAAUAGAUAAUUCACAUGUUUCAUGAUCUGGAACCAUUUACAUAAUAUUGCCAUUUUUAUGAUUUGAGAACAUCCCCAAAUAAGCACAAACGUGUCCACACCUUUACGUUUUAUAGCGUGAAACAGUUUCUCAGCUGCAUGGGACAUCUGGACUCAUUGAACGACACUUCCGUCUGUUCAAAUUGCAUUGCAAAGUACAUUAACUGAUUUAUUGUUUCUUUGUGUUUUGAUUUUUUUUUUUUUUUAAAUUGAAGAAGAGGACUUGAAGGGGUUGAAGUGAAGUUGUAAUGAAGUAAUUCUGUCAAACUGUUAUAUUGUAGAUAAUGUUUGUGUUCUGUCACACUUCCACACAAUAUAGUUAACAUACAUACACACACAAAAGGAACAGAGAGAGAGAGAGAGAGAGUAAACAUUGGAUUGAUAAGUGAUCAUUAGUCAAUUCGUCAUGUUGUGUAUAAUCCAUAUAGAGCUGGCUUCAUUCUCUUGAAAUUUUGCACAAAAUGUACCAGACCCUCGUUGUUUCAAGUCCCCCAAAAUAUUUGCAUUUCCUUGAGAAGAUCUGUUGUAUGUAGCUUUGUACUUCUACUGCACUAUGUCUUAGAGAGAGAUAUACAGCCUUAGUUACUUUUCAGAUUCCAAAUUUCCAUACCCCUCGUGCCUAAUGGAAAUCAUGUAUGUCCAGAUGUGCUGCUUUUGAAUGUUUGUGAUAAAUUCAUGAAUGAAGUGUUCUUUUAUGUGUUGAGUAAUCCAAUCCAAAUAGGCCUACACUGGUUAAAAUAAACGAGGAACAUUUCGCUGCA